GGGGAGAAAGACUGGCAGAAGUAUGAGGUAGCCCGGCGCUUAAAGGAUGUUGUUGACAAAAUCCGUGCUCAGUACAGAGCCGACUGGAAGUCCAAGGAGAUGAAGAAGCGGCAAAGAGCAGUGGCCCUCUACUUCAUUGAUAAGCUGGCCCUGCGAGCUGGCAACGAGAAGGAGGAAGGGGAGACUGCAGACACGGUUGGCUGCUGCUCACUGCGCGUGGAGCACAUCACACUUCACCCCAAGCUGGAUGGGCAGGAGCACGUGGUGGAGUUUGACUUCCUUGGGAAAGACUCGAUCCGUUACUACAACAAAGUGUCGGUGGAGAAGCUGGUGUUCAAGAACCUGCAGCUGUUCAUGAAGAACAAGGACCCAGGAGAUGACCUCUUUGACAGGCUCAAUACAUCCAUCCUGAACAGACACCUCCAGAGUCUGAUGGACGGUUUGAGUGCCAAAGUGUUCAGGACCUACAAUGCCUCCAUCACCCUGCAGGAGCAGCUCAAGGCACUCACUAACUCUGAAGACAACGUGACGGGAAAGCUCCUCUCCUACAAUCGAGCUAACCGAGCUGUGGCCAUCCUGUGCAACCACCAGAGAUCUACACCGAAAACUUUUGAGAAGUCAAUGCAAAACCUCCAGGCCAAGAUCGAUGCCAAGAAGCAACAGGUGGAGGAAGCCCAGCAAGAGCUGAAAAAAGCUGAAGAUGAGCUUGAAGACACAAAAGAUGCCAAAGCGGAAGCCAACGUGGAGAAGAAAAAGAAGCUGUUGAAGCGGCUGGAAGAGCAGCUGGCCAAGUUGAACGUCCAGGCCACCGAUAAGGAGGAGAACAAGCAGAUAGCUCUGGGCACGUCCAAGCUGAAUUACCUGGACCCCAGGAUUAGCAUAGCUUGGUGCAAGAAGUUCGGCGUGCCCAUCGAGAAGAUCUACAACAAGACGCAGAGGGAGAAGUUUGCCUGGGCGAUCGACAUGGCUGAUGAGGACUUUGAAUUCUGA